ACCACAGUGAAGUGUUAAAGACCUGUCCGUGUACCAAUGAACGUUAAACACCUACAGUGGAUUCCUUUUUCGACGGUUAAACUGUGACGAACGGACGAACGGACUUAUCACCGUCUACACCGCGCUGCACAUCAGGAGUGGUUGCCCGGCAACUACACAGACGCUUUUUUCACUUCCGGAAGUGCGUGGCUGAGAGGAAAUAUGGCGCACAGAGCAGGACAUAUACCGAUAGUAUUCAUUAAUUCAUUUAAUUCCUUUACAUCGUUACUUUUAUCCAUUCUGGUAUCUGUUGCUACAUUUGACAGAGUCAUCACCGACAAUGCUUUUAGUGCCAGCCAAACAGCUACUGUCUCCAUCGCUGCUGCUAGAGAUCUACGGUACCUCUUGUAUGAUGUGAAUCCCCCAGAGGGUUUUAACUUGCGGAGAGAUGUCUAUAUCCGCAUGGCCUCCCUGGUGAAGACACUCAGGAAGGAGGGGGAUGAUUGGGUAUUGGUGCUUCCUCCAUGGGGUCGUCUGUACCAUUGGCAGAGCCCCAACAUCCACCAGAUGCGAAUCCCAUGGGGGGAAUUUUUCAGCAUCACCAGCCUGCAGGCCAAUGUCCCUGUCAUUGAGUAUGAGGAGUUUAUUGCAGAGAAUGGAGGCCCAUUCAUCGACAAGGUUCUGGUUCUGCAAAACUACGCUGAAGGAUGGACUGAUGGGAAAUGGGAGGAAAAAGUUGAUGAGAGGCCCUGUAUUGAGAAAUUGAUGUACUCCAAAGAUAAACAAGGCUACUACAGGGGCUGGUUUUGGGGCUUUGAGGAGACAAGAGCUCGAAAUGUUACAUGCAUAUCAGCCCAAGGCCAUGCCUCAAUCAUGGCUCCGGUUCUUCAGAAAAACAUCACUGUGACAUCUGUUAUGCUUGACCGCGCAGAGACACUCCUUCAUGAUCACUACGCUGGGAAGGAUUACUGGGAUACCCGCCGCAGCAUGGUUUUUUCAAAGCACCUGCGACUCAUAGGAGAUGACUUCAGAGCAAAGUACCUGAACUCUACAGACAACAGAGACCACACAGUUUACAGUGAGGAUUGGACUCGCAUGAGAUCUAAGCUAGGCUCAGCUAAAGGUGGUCCAUACCUGGGGGUCCACUUGCGUAGGAAGGACUUCAUCUGGGGGCACAGAGAGGAUGUGCCCAGUCUGAAGGGGGCGGUCAAAAAAAUGCGCAGCUUGAUGAAGAAGCACAAACUGGAAUAUGUGUUUGUUGCAACAGACGCAGAUGGUGAAGAACUGAAGGAGCUUAGAAGGUUGUUGCCUGAAAUGGUGCGGUUUGAGACAUCAGCACAGGACCUGGAACUCCUAAAAGAUGGAGGAGUGGCCAUCAUUGAUCAGUGGAUAUGUGCACAUGCCAGAUAUUUUAUAGGGACAUCAGUGUCCACCUUCUCUUUCCGGAUCCAUGAAGAAAGGGAGAUCAUUGGUUUUGAUCCUAAAACGACAUACAAUCGAUUCUGUGGGGACACUGAGAAAGAAUGUGAACAGCCCACACACUGGAAAAUUGUCUACUGAUGUGACCUGUGACUUACCUAACACACGCAAGUGCCAAAACCAGUGUUUCAAAGAAGUGUUUAAAAAAUCAAAGGGACAUUAAUCUGAACUAUACAUGAUACGUUUACUAUUUUAUGAUGUUUUGGUUUUUUUUUACUUUUUUUUUGGUUGAAGAGUUGUGCAAUCAGGUCUAUUUUGACCACUGUGACUGAACCUUAUGAACAAAGGGCCAAGACUGUGCUGCCCAACAUGUUUUACUGUCACGUUUAAUUAGUCAAUCUGCAAAUAAUUUGUAGGUUGCGUGUUGAACGUUCAAGCCUCAUGCCUGCCUGUGACACGUGUCUUAUGAGUGAAACAGAUAGUGUCGUCUUUGACAUUUAGUGAGAUUCAUAGCUGUUAAACCUCCCAUGUGUCCGUAUUUAAGUAUCUUUAAUGUACCACAAACACAACACGGAAGUGUCCCAUAAGCACAGCAUGAAGAUAAUGCAGUUUUUAAUCAAAGAGAUUUCUUUUUACAACAGAUGUGUUUACCUUUUUAACCAAAAAGCUAGUCCUUUAUUCCACAUAUACAUAAGUAUUCUGAACCUUGCUAAGUUUUCAUUUAUUAUGUGCUUGCAGUGUUCAUCCCACUUGCUGCCUUGUGUUUGCACAUCGCUCUACUUUAAAGCGUGAUAAUACCACCAGCUACAGAUAAAAAUGUUAGGAAAUGCUUCCAAUCAAAGGACCACUUAAAUAAAGACACUGCUCUCAAGCACCACUAUGGGUCAAAAGCAACACAAGGUAGCUUUAAAUAUAACCAUAACUUUCCUGUCUUAUGAUUUGUUAGAAAGUUGGCCUGUCUUCAUUUUUUUUCUUCUAAAAUAUUUCAGUUUUCAUGUGGAAUAAUAUGUCUUGCUUUUUGAUAUUUGUAUGCAGUGCCAGUAUUCAUAUUUAUUACGGUAUUAUUGAUGUUGAAAAAUAUUUUCUGUACCUAUAAAUUCAAAUAAUAGAUGAUGACAUCUGUCAGACAUAAACUAUUUGGAAUAAUAGUUUGAAGGUGAUAGUUUCAUUAUCAAGAUUUGAAAUGCCACAGAGGAGCCACCGUGCCAGCCAGAUGUACAUUUGUUAUCUGACAAUGCAUUUUUUGCAUAUCUGAGGGUGCCCACAUUUUUGAUCUUGAAUGGGCAUUGUCUCAUGACAUUGUUUGUGCACAAGAUGUGUUCUUUUGAUGUCUAAUAAAGAUUUUAUCAGAAUUCAAA